AUGCCCCGAGCCCCUAAUGGGCGGUACUAUUGCAACUGUCUCGCACACUGCGGCGGGCAUUGGCAAGAACGUAGUCGGAGAACACAUACUCGACAUACACCCUACCGACGCGACAGCCGCGAACCAUCCUCAAUAUCUUUUCAAUCUUUUAUCACCACCCUGGCUCCCGUAGCGCCUACGGAGGCAUCUAGCAGCUCCUGUGCAAAUGCUCAUGGUGGUCCUUUCACCAGUGGCAGGGCCGCGCCGGCUCUAAGAACCGGCCCUCUUCAUGAGAUCGCCAGGGAGUCUGACCCGGCAUCCAUUGGGACCCAUAGCACCGGUCAUUCGGUAGCCUCCCUGGCCACAUCCGCACGCUCCGCUCUCGCUGUUCCUGUAUGGGACCGUGACAGCCCCGUCAUCCCAUCCGCCAUAGAUGCUCGCAAUAUCCAAGCUGGCACGACGUUGGGCCGAGACCCGGCAGCUUCUGCAGGCCCCGUAAUGCCCUCCGCCGCACACGCUCGUGAAACCGAAGCUGGCACGUUGUUCGGCCAAGACCCAGCAGCCUCUGCAGGCCCCGUAAUGCCAUCUGCCACAGACCCUCACGAAACCGAAGCCGGUGCGUCGUUCGGCCAAGACCCUGCAGCCCCUCCUGUCAACGACGUUGACCUGGACAGCGGGCGUGUACCGCCACUCCCAGCAAUCUCGGUUGCCGCGGAGUCACCCCCCCCUGCAAUUGGUGCACAGGACUGCACUGUGCUCCUAUCCGCUGACGAACUACUCGAGGAUGUUGCCCCGGACAUUGGUAGCCCAGACACAAGAGACUUAGAGGACUUACCUUUUGCGGAUCCUGGUGACACGGAGGACAAUGAGGCCGAGGUAACUGCCGACAAUUCGCCCUCUCUGAUCGACGACAUUCGAAUCACGGAAGAAUUCAUACAGGAGCUCCGUUCAGCCACUCUGAGCAAUGGCGAUCUUCCACGGCCCCAGGUACAGACACUGCAAGAUCGAGAGUUAUGUCCAAAGGGACCUCCAAAUCUCGAUGACCCCAUUCUCCGUCUGUUGCUCGAUUUAUACCUGGCAGUCAGUAACGCUUCAGAGCAAACUUACGAGGAUGUUCGCUUGUCACUCCUGCGAUACGACCCUGCCCUCCAGCUCCUGUCCUUGGAUCAAGUCGAACGCCGUGUUGCGGAAUUAAGCGGCGUUGUCCCAAUUUCUCAUCAUAUGUGUGUUAACUCAUGCGUCGCGUUCACUGGACCUUUCCGAGAUCUAGUGACAUGUCCCAUGUGUCGGGAGCCUCGUUACGAUCCUCUGAAGCCAGGCCCACAGCUGCAGGCGGCGAGGCGAACCGUCGAGGGUUCCAGAGCAAUGCGUUAUCGUCACGCAUGCUACCACUCUGCCAUGCAACAGAUCAACAAGGAUCAUGCACUGAGAGACUUCGCUGACGUCUGGGACGGCACAGACUUUAUCGACGCCGUGAAGGAUGGACUCAUCAAGGAGUACGAUCCUGUCGUCAUGUUCUCCAUUGACGGGGCUCAGCUCUAUCGCAACAAAGGUUCUGACUGUUGGAUAUAUAUAUGGGUGAUCUUGGACCGAUCUCCUGAUCUUCGGUACAAGAAGAAAUAUGUACUACCUGGGGGCUUCAUACCAGGUCCUUCGAAGCCCAAGAAUCUCGAUUCGUUCAUAUUCCCGGGGAUGUAUCACUUGUCGGCGCUCCAGCGCGAAGGGAUGUACCUUUGGGAUGCAGUCGACGAUGCGGUUGUCGAGUGUUGUCCUUUUCUAGCCCUUGCGACAGCUGAUAGUCCCGCCAUGGCCUCUAUAUUUGGUGGUGUUGGCCAUCAUGGGGCGUAUGGUUGCCGUCUUUAUUGCCCUCAGAAAGGACGCCACAAGCCUGGGGGCGCCCAGUACUACCCGGCAUGCUUGAAGCCUGUCGAUUCCGAUAUCGCCAGUUCAAAUCAUCCAAAUUAUGACCUGCGGACAAUGAUCGUCCCGACGGCAGAGGAAACCGAGAAAAGAUAUUUGUCGAAUCUGACCCAUGUCUCGGAAGCGCGCUCGGCGGCGGAGUACCGUGCACGGCGGCUCCAAACAGGUCUUUGCAAGCCUACGUUGUUGAGUGGGAUAGAUCCAAGACACCGGCUGCGCAUUCCCGCCCUGUUCCCCGCAGAUCUUAUGCACCUCUGUGCCUUGAAUCUCACCGAACUGAUAGUGGGCUUGCUCCGCGGCACGCUUGAUUGCAGUGUCUCCGACAAUCGAGAUUCAUGGACCUUUUCUGUCUUGCGAGACCCACAGAUAUGGCAGGCACAUGGUAAAGCAGUGGCCGCUGCGACACCGUAUCUUCCUGGUAUCUUUGACCGGCCACCUCGCAAUCCUGCGGAGAAGAUCAACAGCGGGUACAAAGCGGUUGAAUAUAUGACUUGGAUCUAUGGCCUCACUCCCACACUUCUUUACGGAACUCUGCCGUCAAUCUUCUGGCGGCACUUCUGCAAGUUGGUCGCGGGUAUCCGUCUGGUGCACCAGCGUCGUAUUUCUCAGAAGGAACUCAGACGAGCGCAUCGUCUGCUCAUUGAAUAUGCGGAGGACUUUGAGGUCCUAUACUAUCAGCGCCGUACAAGUCGGCUUCAUUUCUGCCGCCAGAGCAUCCAUGCUCUGUCCCAUCUUGCUCGCCAGGUUACACGUUGCGGACCUCCAGGAUACACCACUCAAUACACAAUGGAGCGGAUGAUCGGUGAUCUCGGCAGUGAGCUAAAACAGCAUUCAAAUCCUUACGCAAACCUCUCACAACGUGGUGUGCGUCGAGCACAAGUGAAUGCUCUGAAGACGAUGCUGCCAGACCUCGAGCGCAAUGUCAAGGAAUUCCCGCGCGGGGCACACCCUGUUGGAGAUAACUUUGUACUCCUUCGGGCGAAGGAUUCGUGCGCUCGCACUGUCCUCCCAUGUGAGGCUCUUGUCAUCAAAGGUUAUUUUCGUGAAGCUGGGGGUAUCUACCACACAGAGGGAGAGGGUGCGGAGGCGGCAUGGAUUCCCAUGGUACAACGAUGGGCCCGGCUAUGCUUGCCCAACGGACAAGCCAUACGAUCACUGUGGAAGGAGUCACUGAAGGCACUCAAUGAGGUGCGAAUAGCACGCAAUGUCAAGAUAACAUUUGGGGGUGUCACUCGCUUCGCAGAGGUAAGGUACUUCUUCACAAUGCGCAUUCGAGGCGUGGAACACGCCCUUGCGCUGGUUAGCUUAUACACACACCCCGACCCCACAUUGUUCCAUGAGUCGUCCGGUACAGUCGCCUCUUGCAUCCAUCAAGGUGACGCAGCCCUCGCCGUGAUCCACGUCAAGUGCAUAAUAGCUGGCAUCGCAAUGGUGCCGCAUACAUUACCGCACGCCGCCAUGCAGGAGAGAUUUUUUGUAGUUGAGAAGCUCGGUCUCGAUGUCGCGUGCAUGGAUGGCAUAGUCGAGGAGACUGUUGAGGAGUAG